CCGACGCCGCCUAUUUUUGUCGCUCUUGUCUCCGAUCGACUUCGUUAUAUCCGCGACACCUCACAUCAAUCCAGCUCCCGCACAUACGCACAAACUUCUCUCUUGGAGAAGAGCCGGGCACUCGCCAUGGCCGUCUCCUCGGAAGCACCCGCCACCCUCUCCAAAUCCCCCCACGUCGCUGACCCCACCCUCGCGCCUUUCCUCCAACCCCAAUUCGACCCCGCCGAAUACCUCAACACCACGCUCCCCACUCUGUCCCUGUCCACCGUCUCCUCGCGGCCUCUCAAGCAAGGCACCUCCGUCACCCUCGCCGAGCUCUCCUCGCAAACCUCAGACCUCCUCUCGCAACUAAAUGCCCACACGACGCGCCUCUCCGCCAUCCUCACCCAACUCACCGACGACAUCCUCCGCAGCGGCGCACGCCUAGCCUACGAAGUCGAAGUCCUCCGCGGCGAAACCUCAGGCCUCACAGAAACCCUAUCAGACACACUCGCCCCAUCCAUCAAGACCUUCGUCCCGAACGGGAUCUCUCUCGAGCCUCCGAAGAAAGACACCGAUGAAAUCGACACCGCAGCAUCCCCCGCCGAAAUCACAGGCAAUGCCAUUGCCGAGGAACCCCCCUCUAAAACUGAGGUCGAACCAUCUGCUUCUACGGAAGAAUCACCGCAAAUCACCCCCCUAAAAACACUAACCCUCGUACGCUCGCGCCUCGAAACAGUCAUCAAAGUCUUCGGCGAAGCAAUGCAUUGGACGCUUCCCCCCAGCGAAACAUCCCUGACUUCCUCGCUCAUCUCCGUGUCCGACCCUUCGGAUGAUGUAGCUGCGCGGGAACAAAAGGGGAAAGAAUUCGCUGCCUCGCUGCGUAGUGAGAUUGCGGAUUUGCUGGCGGGCGAGGAGGGCGUAGAGGCGGCGCGCACAAGGGUCCAAGCGCUGAGGGAGUUGGCCGGCGUAUGGAAGGGGACUGUCGAGGAGAAGGCUAGAGCGAGGUUUGUCGAGGGGUUGGUUAAGUUGGUCGAGGAGAGGGCUAGGGCUCUUGAGGGGGAGAGGGAGAGGGCGAAUGCGAGGGGUUUGAGGAGCUCGAGUGUUGCGAAGCCUGGGAGUGGGGGAGCUGGUGCUGGGAACACUUCUGUGGCUCCGCAACAGCAACAGCAGAGGAGCGGUGGUGGAGGCUUCUUGGAUAAUCUGCAGAGGAUUAGAGAGAGUUAUAUAUAG